UCUUUAUGUAGGCAACCAGUCAACCACGCAUCAACUAACUUUUUCCCGCCAAAUCUGUACCCAGGUUUUUGUGAUUUUGAAGAUGUGGAGUCUGUUAUAUUUUUUCGAUUAUUUUUGUAACGCAGUUUUACAUUUCGUAAAAGCGAGAAGUGAUUCAUAUAAUGACGGUCCUCAACCGCGGGCAGUACAAAACAACAAUGAGGAAAACCUCACCCAGAAAAUGACUCCUUCUGCUGUUAGAGGACAAAUUGUCUCGGGGACCGAAAUAGCCAAGGACGUUAAGGAGAGAUUGAAAAAAGAAGUAGCCGAACUUAAGAAAAAUGUGCCUGGUUUGUUACCUAAGCUUUCUAUUGUACAAGUUGGCGAGAGAGAAGAUUCGAACGUUUACAUUCGGAUGAAAAUAAAAGCUGCUUCUGACAUCGGUAUAUUGGCUGAACACAUCAAGCUACCAAAAACUACAACUGAAACUGAGCUGUUAGAGAAACUUCGUCAACUCAAUGGAGACAACAACGUUCACGGCAUUAUUGUGCAGAUGCCUUUGGAUUCCGAAUAUAAAAUAGACUCGCAUUUAAUCACGGAUUCUGUUGCACCCGAAAAAGACGUAGAUGGUUUAAACACUAUAAAUGAGGGCAAAUUAGCAGUAGGAAACCUAACAGGAUUCGUACCGUGUACUCCAAAUGGCAUUUUGGAAUUGAUAAAAAGAACAGGUGUAAAAAUUGCGGGAGCUGAAGCUGUAGUAUUGGGGAGGAGCAAAAUUGUAGGGACGCCUAUUGCGGAGCUGCUAAAAUGGGAACAUGCCACUGUCACCAUAUGUCAUUCGAAAACCAAAAACCUAAAAGAACAGUGUGCCAAAGCUGACAUACUAGUUGUUGCCAUUGGUCAACCACAAUUUGUGAAAGGGGAUUGGAUAAAACCAAAUGCAGUUGUAAUAGACUGUGGUAUCAGUGCAAUCCCAGACUCUACGAAAAAGUCCGGGCAACGUUUAGUUGGUGAUGUGGCGUUUGACGAAGCUAGCCAAGUAGCUUCGUACAUCACUCCUGUACCCGGAGGAGUUGGUCCUAUGACCGUCUGCAUGUUGAUGAAAAAUACUGUACAAAGUGCGCAAAAAGCAGCUAGAAGCAUGUCGUCUUCAAACUGGAAUCUCAAGGUUCUGCCGUUAAAAUUACAGGACCCCGUUCCGAGUGAUAUUGAAAUAUCAAGGGCUCAAGUUCCAAAGGAUAUAGGUGUCCUAGCAGAAGAAAUCGGGAUCUACCCCACAGAACUGUCCCAGUAUGGCAGAAAAAAAGCCAAGGUGUCAUUGUCUGUUUUGGACAGAUUAUCCAACCAGAAAAAUGGAAGAUAUGUUGUUGUUACUGGUAUAACACCGACACCGCUAGGAGAAGGUAAAAGUACUACUCUGUUGGGUGUGGUCCAAGCGCUGUCCACCCACCUGAAACUGAACACCUUCGCGACGAUGCGUCAACCUUCUCAGGGUCCCACCUUCGGGAUCAAAGGUGGAGCUGCAGGUGGAGGUUACUCUCAGGUGAUUCCCAUGGAGGACGUCAACCUGCAUCUGACAGGUGACAUUCACGCUAUCACAGCUGCGAAUAACCUGCUUGCCGCUCAAUUGGACGCCAGGAUUUUCCACGAGGCCACCCAAAAGGAUGAGGUCAGUGCCCUUCUUUUUUACGGACCAGAGAAAGAAUAUUCGGGGAUGAAAUAGUAUGUUCUCGGGAGAGCGUUACUCAAAUGUAUUUCACGUAAUAUUUAUGGAACGGGUUAUUUUCUAGCCAAGCAACAGAGAAUAAAGGUUAUUUCCCCACAUCAAUUAAAGAAUUUAAUCAAAUAUGCGAUAUGUCACAAGUUUAAUUAAACUUCGAUUUCAGUUUACUUCCAUCGUUGAAACUAGUUUUAUAUCGGUAAACGUAAACAUUGUGUGCCCAACUGCGAGUAACAAAACGUUAUUUUCUGCGCGCUUGUAGAAAAAGAGCAUUUUAGGAAAAUUUGUUCGUACUUCAUCGAUCUUGAUAGUUGUCACUACAUUCAUUUCAGGCGUUGUUCGACCGUCUAGUACCAAAAAUUAAAGGUGUUAGAAAAUUCUCCAAUAUUCAACUGCGACGGCUACAGAGGGUAGGAAUUAACAAAACUGACCCUGACAGUUUGACGCUAGAAGAAAAAGUCAAGUUUGCCAGACUGAACAUCGAUACUAAUAACAUUGUUUGGAACAGAGUUUUGGAUAUCAACGACAGGUAUCUCAGAGAAAUAACGAUAGGACAGUCACCGACAGAAAAGGGUCUGACAAGAAAGGAAGGAUUUGUGAUCAGUGUGGCUAGCGAAAUAAUGGCUAUAUUAGCGUUGGCUAAAGACAUGAGAGACUUCAAAGACAGGCUCUCAAAAAUGGUGGUGGCGUUCGACAAAUCAGGCAAACCAGUAACAGCUGACGAUAUAGGAAUGACAGGAGCAUUGAUGGUCUUGCUAAAAGACACCAUAGAGCCUACGUUGCUGCAGAGUUUAGAAGGAUCUCCGGUAUUUCUGCAUGCCGGACCUUUUGCAAACAUUGCACACGGUUCAAACUCAAUCAUCGCCGAUAAGAUCGCUCUUAAGUUGGUUGGUGAGAAAGGAUUCGUCUUGACAGAGGCUGGAUUUUCAUCCGAUAUUGGUAUGGAGAAGUACUUCAACAUAAAAUGCCGGGCAUCAGGCGACAUACCUACCGCCGUUAGUUCUAGUAACUACCGUCAGAGCGCUGAAAAUGCACGGAGGCGGACCUGCCGUAACCCCUGGGGCUCCGCUUGCCAAGGAAUAUACGGAGGAAAAUCUGGAGCUGUUACGCAAGGGUAUUCCGAACGUUGCAAAGCACAUUAGCAACGCUAAGAAGUUUGGAGUGCCGGUUGUUGUGGCUAUCAACCCACAGAACGA